AUGGCUGUGGGAACGGUUCUUGUCACCGGUGGCACCGGCUACAUCGGGUCUUUCACCACGCUCGCUCUGCUCGAAAAUGGCUACGAUGUCAUCGUCGUUGACAACCUGUACAACUCGUCCAAAGUCGCCCUCGACCGCAUCGAACUCAUUUGUGGCAAGCGGCCCGCCUUCUAUCAAGUCGACAUAACGGACGAGGCUGGUCUUGAUGAGGUCUUCGCGAAGCAUCCCGAAAUCGACAGCGUCAUUCACUUUGCAGCUCUCAAGGCAAUGCCGUGCACUAAUCUCGCAAUCAACCAUGCGCAGGCCGUUGGAGAGUCGGGCGAGAUUCCGCUCGAGUACUAUCGCGUCAAUGUCGGCGGCAGCAUCUCACUGCUGCGCUCCAUGGAGAAGCACAACGUCACGAAUAUUGUGUUCUCAUCCUCGGCUACCGUCUACGGUGACGCUACCCGCGUUCCCAACAUGAUCCCGAUCCCCGAGCACUGCCCGAUCGGCCCGACAAACACAUACGGCCGAACGAAGGUCAUGAUCGAGACAGUCAUCACGGACCAAAUCGAGGCGCAACGGCGCAAGAAUCAGAAGGCUGGAAAGCCAUACGAACAAUGGAACGGUGCCCUCCUUCGGUACUUCAACCCCUGUGGUGCCCACCCUAGCGGCAUCAUGGGCGAAGACCCACAAGGCGUGCCCUACAACCUGCUGCCCCUGCUUGGCAAGGUGGCCACAGGGGAGCGCGAGAAGCUGCUGGUUUUCGGUGACGACUAUGCCUCGAAGGACGGCACCGCCAUCCGGGACUACAUUCACGUCCUCGACCUUGCAAGCGGUCACUUGGCCGCGCUCAACUACCUCCGAGAGCACAAGCCCGGCGUGCGCGCCUGGAAUUUGGGAUCCGGCCGCGGCAGCACAGUCCUUGAGAUGAUCAAGGCCUUCAGCAACGUCGUCGGGCGGGACCUCCCCUACGAGGUUGUCGAGCGGAGGCAGGGAGAUGUGCUAGACCUGACAGCCCACCCAGCCCUUGCGAACAAGGAGCUCAAGUGGAAGACGCAGCUCACGCUCGAGGAUGCCUGCGCAGACCUCUGGCGCUGGGUGAAGAAUAACCCGAAGGGGUACCGCCAAGAUCCACCGGCCGAGCUCCUCGAGGCUCUGAAGGCUAAGAACUGA